GUGGACGUGCCAAAGCGCGGCUUGUGCUCGCCUUCCCCGCGGGGCGAUAUUCCUCUGCCGCAACUGUGCUGCACCUUGCCCUCGAUGUGGAGAGCUUCCAGGCGAUGAGGGCUGGGAUUUGGUUAGCAGCUUGCCCUCCUCCGCCACAGACAGCUUGAGCUGCUUUGCAGAGACCAGCCGAAGCUCCUCGGAUCUUUCCCGCCAAGCAGGCACCCAACCCAAGCCGAAGAAGAGGCGGCGAAGGCAGGCGCCUGGCGAGGAGGCCCUUGGCCACGAGACGCAAGGGCUGGGUGGGGAACCGGCGACGACAGCUCAGGCCCCGGAAGAGGAGGAGCACCUGGAGCCGGAGCUUCCGGAUACCGGCGACGAGGUGGCGCAGGAGCACCCCGACAUCUCCGAGCCAGCCGCAGAGAGGAUGGAGAAGGAGGCGGGGGCCCCCGAAACUGGGGAUCUGCAGAUGGACGAGGCCACUCAGGAGGACGGCGACGAGGUGGCAGCAGGCCCCGAGCAAGUCAGUCAAGCUGGCUCACCUUCACCUUCGAUAUCGCCGCUGUCGUGGGGCUCUUCCUCCUCCAGCUCAUCCUCCGACUCUUCGGAGAGCUCAUCGGAGGAGCCGCGAGCCGCGCCCAAGCGGCGUCCCAGGCGCGAGCGGCCGGCCGCGGGCAAGGCCAAGAGAAAGGCGACCCCGAAGGCAAAGAGGAAGCCUGCAGCAGCCCGAGGCGUCCGGGAUCUCACUCCACCACCGCCGGCGCGGAAGCCAAAGCCCAAGCCUACCCUGGAGAAGGACGGCGGAGUUUUGGCAGUGCUCGAGCGAGCAGCUGAGCCCCUCACGGCUAUCGCAGUUGCGCGACAGUGUGGCCUAGAGAAGGCGGCGGAGGUGAACCCCACGCUGUAUGCUUUGCUUUCGGCCGGGAGUAUAUGUCUGAGCCGGAAUGGUCAGCAGCCUCUAUGGCAUCUACCAGGUCGGGAGACAGAGCCGGCGCCGCGACCGGAGCCUCCGAGUGUGCGAGAGGAAGCACGCCAUAGUCAGUUGGGAGAUACCAUUCUGCGUGCCCUGAGGGAAGAAGCCUCGCCUCUGACAGCUGUUUGCAUUGCCCAGCGCUGUGGCUUGCAGAAAGCGGCCGAAGUCAAUCCGACCCUCUACAAGAUGCGGGGCAUGGGCACGGUGGUCCACACCGAGGGAGGUCGAAGCAACGUUCUCCAGUCCUUCCCAAGGAGUAGCCAGAACCUGGGGCAUGUGGGCCAACUCCUUGCAGAGCAAGUCGAGCUAGCGGAUGUGGUGGUGGUGAACAAAGUGGACCUGGCCAGCCAGGACGAGCUCAGCACAACGCUGCAGGUGGUGCAAGCGCUGAACCCCAAGGCUGAGGUCUGCCAGACGAAGUUUGGGCAGGUUGCCGUGUCGACAAUUCUCCCGCCGGUGCCGGCGGGGCUUCGUGUGCAGCUGGAGGGGGGCGGAGCUGGAUACUCCUGGACGCAGACGGCAUCGGAAAUCCACCUCCGCAUGCCCAUCCCGGAGAAUGCCCGCGGCAAGGACGUCGAGUGGUCGCUGGGCAAGCGUAUGCUCAAGCUCGGGCUCAGAGGGACAUCCCCGGUGGCUGCGGGGCAUCUCUUUGGCGACCUCAAGAAUGUCGGUGAGACGGUCUUCGAGAUCGAGGGGCGCG